AUGAAAUGCCGAAAGCGAAGUGAGGCUAGGGUUUACUCUACGGUGAAUGAUGAGAGGGGACAGGCAUACUGGGACUAUGAAAACACGACAAUUGACUGGUCGAGCGAUACGAGUGGUUACGAAAUUGAAAACAAAGUGGGGCGUGGCAAGUACUCUGAAGUUUUUCAAGGUGUUCAGCGCAUGAAUCAGAUCAAUAUUGUUAUAAAGAUGCUUAAACCAGUGAAGAAGAAAAAGAUUAAGCGUGAAAUCAAAAUUUUGACAAACCUUUCGAAUGAAUCGAACCCGACUACUGCUCUGCCGUUCAACAAAGAUAAAUAUUAUGACAACAAAGACCCGGAAGUGCUAAAAUUUAUGAGAAAGGAGGUCUAUACUUUGCCCCACAAUGGACAUGAUAACAUCAUUCAAUUGAUGGACGUGGUGCGCGAUCCAAUCUCGAGAACUCCGGCUUUGAUUUUUGAGCACGUCAAUAACGUUGAUUUCAGGACAUUGUAUCCUACUUUCAAGGACUCCGAUAUCCGGUUUUAUAUGUUCGAACUUCUGAAAGCUCUGGACUAUUGCCACUCCAUGGGCAUUAUGCAUAGAGACGUCAAGCCUCACAAUGUGAUGAUUGACCACAAAGCACGCAAGUUAAGGCUGAUAGAUUGGGGGUUAGCAGAAUUUUACCAUCGUAACAUGGAAUAUAAUGUCCGAGUGGCCUCCAGAUUUUUCAAGGGACCUGAGCUGUUGGUCGAUUACAGAAUGUACGACUACUCCUUGGACCUUUGGUCCUUUGGAACCAUGCUUGCAUCAAUGGUUUUCCAAAAAGAACCUUUUUUCCAUGGAACAAGUAACACUGACCAGCUUGUUAAAAUCGUUCGUGUCUUGGGCAGCGACGAUUUCGAAAAGUACUUGUAUAAGUACCAAAUUACCCUUCCUCGUGAGUUUCACGAUAUAGAUCAAUACAUUAGACGUCCUUGGCACAGGUUCGUUAACGAUGCAAACAAACAUCUCUCGGGAAAUGAUGAAAUUGUAGACUUGAUCGACAACCUUCUAAGAUACGACCAUCAGGAGAGACUUACCGCCAAGGAAGCCAUGCAGCAUCCAUGGUUUGCUCCAGUGAGGAAUGGCGAAUUUCCGUGA